GGCGGGCGGGCGGGCGGCCGUGGGGGCCGCGCUCUGCGCCGCCGCCGCCAUGCGGGAGCGGAGGCCGGUACCGGCCGCCCCGGCCCGCUGCAAGCUGGUGUUGGUGGGCGACGUGCAGUGCGGCAAGACGGCCAUGCUGCAAGUGCUGGCCAAGGACUGCUACCCCGAGACGUACGUGCCCACCGUGUUUGAGAACUACACGGCGUGUCUGGCCAGCGAGGAGCAGCGGGUGGAGCUGAGCCUCUGGGACACCUCCGGCUCUCCCUACUAUGACAACGUGCGUCCCCUCUGCUACAGUGACUCGGAUGCUGUGCUGCUCUGCUUCGACAUCAGCCGCCCCGAAACCCUGGACAGCGCGUCCAAGAAGUGGAAGACAGAAAUCCUGGACUAUUGCCCCAACACGCGGGUGCUGCUCAUCGGCUGCAAGACGGACCUACGGACAGACCUGAGCACCCUGAUGGAGCUCUCCCACCAGAAGCAGGCACCCAUCUCCUAUGAGCAGGGCUGUGCGGCGGCCAGGCAGCUGGGAGCUGAGAGCUACCUGGAGUGCUCGGCCUUCACCUCGGAAAAGAGCGUCCACAGCAUCUUCCGGACCGUGUCCGGCAUCUGCCUCAGCAAAGCCCCCCCGCAGCCCCCCAAGAGCCCCCCCCGCAGCCUCUCCAAGAGACUCCUGCACCUGCCCAGCCGCUCCGAGCUCAUCUCUUCCACCUUCAAAAAGGAAAAAGCAAAAAGCUGCUCUGUCAUGUGAAGGGGGACACACACACCAAUGUCCCCCCACCCCCCUUCACCCCCUCCCCAAAGCCCCCAUUCCCCCUGAGUCCCUGGGAUGGGGUGGGGGGCUGGACAGGGCCCCAGAGGCCCCCUCCCCCAAGGAAGAGGGGGUGCCUGCUGCCCUCCCAUCACACCAUGUCCCCCUGCCAGCCUCUGUUCUGGGGGGGGGGAGCCUCCAUGGAGCUGCCAUGGGUGGGGGUCUGGGGGGGCCCAGGGAAGGGUGUUCAACAGCUGUUCCCCAACCUGGGAGGGGGGACUCAUCCAUGGACUCAUCCUUUUCUCCCUUCCCGCCCUAUCCCUCAUCUGCUGCUUGGCCCUGGGGACCCCGGCAGGGUGGGGGGUGCUGGGGAGCUGUUUUAUGGACUGGGUGGGAGGGAGGGGGAUGUCUCUGUUCCAUGGUCAGUGUUAUUAAAAAGCUUAUUUAUUAUCAGAAAUAUAACACCCACCCACGUGCA